AUGAAAAUCAUGCUCGACUUUCUCCUAUUGCUAUUUGCCAUCUCCGUUACUUGCUCCUAUGCAAUUGGCAGCAAAUGUAUCGGAGACCAGCAGCUGGUUUCUUUGCUCAAUAUGAAGAAAAGUCUUGUGUUCAAUGCUUCAAGUUCGUCAAAGCUUGUUUCGUGGAAUUCAAGUACAGAUUGUUGUUCUUGGCUCGGGAUUACAUGCAGUGAUGAUGGACGUGUUACCGGUCUUGACAUCAGCAGUGAAUCUAUCUCCGAUGGAAUUGACAAUUCCAGCAGUCUCUUCCAUCUUCAACACCUUCAAAGUCUUAACUUGGCUGGAAACUUACUCGGUGGUGACGCUAAUCUACUAGUUCCAACGGCCAUUGGACAACUGAAGAAUCUUAGGUAUCUAAAUUUAUCUCAAAAUUAUUAUUCAGGCCAAAUUCCCGUUGAGAUUUCAUACUUGACCAAGUUGUUAGUUCUGGAUAUUUCUGACAAUACUAGGUUGAAACUUAAGAGCCCAAAUAUAAACAUGCUGGUUCGAAACCUUACAGAGCUCACAGAGUUGCAUCUUAGUAGCGUCCAAAUAUCAUCACAGGGGAGUAAUUGGGGUCAGGCCAUAUCAUCUCUUCCAAUUUGA